CCGUGAGAGGAGAGAGUUUAUCUGUUUUGUUUGCAGCUGUGUUCACUCCCACCCACAGGAUUGAUGCCUGGUACACAGGAGGUGUCAACAGUAUAUCUGGUGAAUGCAUGAUUCUGCCCUUCAUGCUUCACCAUCAUAGCUUCAUAACAGUUGCUCUGCCUCUUCUUCCUGCCCACCCCCGGGAAGAACUCCACAGGAAGGAAGGAGCAGGCAAUGGCUGCUGGGCCUCUGCCAUUGGGAGCUCAGACUGCGAGACAAGACUUGAAACCAAAGAGCCAACUCUAAAGCCCAACAUUACUGAAGAUUUAUCCUAUAGGGUAAUAAUGGAAAGGGAAGGUCUCUGGCAUUCUUCUUUAGGGAAAACCUGGGAAUCUGAUAGUUGGUUAGAGGGGCAACAGAAAAACCAGGAUAGACUUCUGGGUCAAGUGGCCUUUACCCAAAAGGAAACCCUCACUGAGAGGAGGGUAUGUGGAGGUAAUGAAUUUGAAAGAUGUUCCAGUCAGUGUUCAAUCAUUGAUAAACAACAAAAUACUCCUGGGGGGAAAAGGCCUUAUAAUCAGAAUUCACAUGGAAAAGAUAUCAAACAAAAUUCUGAAUUAAUUAAAACUCAAAGAAUGUUUGUAGGAAAGAAGAUCUAUGAAUGUAAUGAAUGUGGGAAGGCCUUCGGCCAGAGCUCAUCUCUUCUUAAGCACCAGAGGAUUCAUACUGGAGAGAAACCCUAUAAGUGUAAUGUAUGUGGGAAGCACUUCAUUGAACGCUCCUCCCUUACUGUACAUCAAAGAAUUCAUACUGGAGAGAAACCCUACAAAUGUAAUGAAUGUGGGAAAACCUUCAGUCAAAGCAUGAACCUUACUGUUCAUCAAAGAACUCAUACUGGAGAGAAACCCUAUCAGUGUAAAGAGUGUGGAAAAGCUUUCCGCAAGAAUUCAUCCCUUAUUCAGCAUGAAAGGAUUCAUACUGGAGAGAAACCCUACAAAUGUAGUGAAUGUGGGAAAGCUUUUACCCAAAGUAUGAAUCUCACAGUGCAUCAAAGAACACAUACAGGAGAAAAACCCUACGAAUGUAAUGAAUGUGGAAAAGCCUUUAGUCAAAGUAUGCAUCUUAUUGUACAUCAGAGAAGUCAUACUGGAGAAAAACCCUACGAGUGUAGUGAAUGUGGAAAAGCGUUUAGUAAGAGCUCAACUCUUACCCUGCACCAACGAAAUCACACAGGAGAAAAGCCCUACAAAUGUAACAAAUGUGGGAAGUCCUUUAGCCAAAGUACAUACCUUAUAGAACAUCAGAGACUUCAUUCUGGAGUAAAACCUUUUGAAUGUAAUCAGUGUGGAAAAGCUUUCAGUAAAAAUUCAUCUCUUACUCAGCAUCGGAGGAUUCAUACUGGAGAGAAACCUUAUGAGUGUAUCGUAUGUGGAAAACACUUCACUGGACGAUCAUCCCUUACCGUACAUCGGGUUAUUCAUACUGGAGAGAAACCGUAUGAAUGCAAUGAAUGUGGAAAGGCUUUCAGCCAGAGUGCAUACCUUAUUGAGCAUCAAAGAAUUCAUACUGGUGAGAAACCCUAUGAAUGUGAUCAGUGUGGCAAAGCCUUCAUUAAGAAUUCGUCCCUUAUAGUGCAUCAGAGAACUCACACAGGAGAGAAACCCUAUCAGUGUAACGAAUGUGGGAAAGCCUUCAGUCGGAGUACAAACCUUACACGACAUCAGAGAACUCAUACAUGAAGAGACCUCAAACUCAUCAGCCCUUCUCAGGACAGCGUUCCUGUUCCCUCCUCAGAUGGCUUGUUCCCAGGCGCCGUACCCUCGACUGUCGAGGCCACCGCCCAGGUCCCUGCCACCAUCCGCUGUCCUGAACCGCCGCGGCAGCCUCCGCACUCGUCUGCCGGCCUCCAGCCCGACACUUGUGUCCUCCCCGCCGUGCACCCAACUUCUCGCCGAACCACCACCGCGCGGCCGCCAGCCACACUGUCAGUAUCGUUUGCGUCCCCGGGGCCCGAGGCGCAGUCUCGGCGGGGUCCUUCCUCUGGAACGCGCCUUUUCGGCUUCUUGCCUCCUACUCUGUCCUCGGAGACCGCCUUCGAUCCGCUCUCCUCACCAGAUCAGGCAAUGUGGCGGUUGCGAUCUCUAGCCACCGGCAGGGGCUCCUCGCAGGGCAACCCGGUGGUGACCAGCACGGUGGCCAGAGCCUUAUCUGGAGAGCGGGAGCGGGCGUGGGUGGUCGCGCCCGGGGAGAAGGACGGAGUGCUCCUCAGAGAAGAAGGAAUGGCUGUCAGGCGCCUGUCAGGCACGAUCCAGGAAUCGGUGACCUUCAAGGAUGUGGCUGUGCUCUUCACCCAGGAUGAGUGGGCACAGCUGAACCCUGCUCAGAGGGCCCUGUGCAGGGAUGUGAUGCUGGAGAACUACAGCAACCUGGUCUCGCUGGGACUCUUAGGACCCAAGCCAGAUAUAUUCGCCGAGCUUGGGAAAGGGGAAGAAGAAUGGGUGCCAGACACCGCUGGAGGCUCCUGUCCGGACUGGAUGACUGUGCCCGUGAGUAAGAAAUCUACUCUCAAGGAAGAUAUUCCUGAAGAAGAAUUGGAUCGGUGGGUGAUAAAGGAAAGAUUCACUAGAGAUAGUCACUGGAAAUAUGAUAGCCUAUGGGAAUGGCAGCAUGGAGGCCAGGAGAUAAAGUUGCAGCAAGUAGUGUUCACGCACCAUAAAACCUCAUCUGUGGGUAGUUACCAAGAAUGUGAUGAAUCUGGGAAGCACUGCACUGUGAGCUCACCUUUUGUUCAAAGUCAGGGAUUUCAAUCUAGCAAAAAAGCCUUUGAGUGUAGUGAGUGUGGAAAAGUCUUCACUAAGAGUUCAACCCUUAAUAAACAUCAGAAAAUUCACACUGAAAAACUUAAUGUAAAUCAGAAAACUCUUAUUAAAGAGAAACGAUAUGAAUGUAGAGAAUGUGGGAAAGCCUUUCAUCAGAGUACACACCUUAUCCAUCACCAAAGAAUUCACACAGGUGAGAAACCGUAUGAAUGUAAGGAAUGUGGCAAGGCCUUCUCAGUGAGCUCCUCACUUACUUAUCAUCAGAAAAUUCACACUGGAGAGAAACCUUUUGAAUGCAACUUAUGUGGAAAAGCUUUUAUUCGAAACAUACACCUUGCCCACCAUCAUAGAAUACAUACUGGAGAGAAACCUUUUAAAUGUAACAUAUGUGACAAAGCCUUUGUGUGCAGGGCACAUCUUACCAAACACCAGAAUAUUCAUAGUGGAGACAAACCCUAUAAAUGUAAUGAAUGUGGGAAAGCCUUCAAUCAGAGUACAAGUUUUCUUCAGCAUCAGAGAAUUCAUACCGGGGAGAAGCCCUUUGAAUGUAAUGAAUGUGGAAAGGCCUUCAGGGUGAACUCAUCCCUUACUGAACACCAGAGAAUCCAUACUGGAGAGAAACCUUAUAAAUGUAAUGAAUGUGGGAAAGCUUUCAGAGAUAAUUCAUCCUUUGCUCGACAUCGGAAAAUUCAUACUGGAGAGAAACCUUAUAGAUGUGGUUUGUGUGAGAAAGCCUUCAGGGACCAAUCAGCCCUAGCCCAGCAUCAGAGAAUUCAUACUGGGGAAAAACCAUAUACAUGUAAUAUAUGUGAGAAAGCCUUCAGUGACCAUUCAGCCCUUACUCAACAUAAAAGAAUUCAUACUAGAGAAAAACCUUACAAAUGUAAAAUCUGUGGGAAAGCCUUUAUCCGAAGCACACACCUUACUCAACACCAGAGGAUUCACACAGGAGAGAAACCUUAUAAAUGUAAUAAAUGUGGGAAAGCUUUCAACCAGACUGCAAACCUCAUUCAGCAUCAGAGACAUCAUAUUGGAGAAAAGUGAUGUGAUUGCAGUUUAUAAGGAAGAGCUUUGAGACUGAAUGUGUUAAUUAUUGAAUGUAAGAGAAUCCAUUCUAGAGAAUGACCAAGAAGGUUUACAUCAAGAUAGUCAUUUUUGUUUUACUGAGAGUCAAGCUUUACAGGAUUGUGGGUUUUGAGAAUUUAAGCAUGUCAAACAUGCCUCAUCAUUCAGAACUGCCUCAACUAAAUAACAGUUCUGUGUAAUUAGUCUGAAUUACCAAGUAUAAGAACCAAAAUAGUGCUUCAUCAACAACAUAAAAAUUACUUUGUCAAAUUUACAUUUUUGACUAUUAAGAAAAAUUAUGAAAUUGUAAAAAUUAAGGUUGAGUAGCAAAAGAACAAAAAGUAAGGAACUGGUCUACAAGCAUUUCAUUCUCUUUGAUUCUUUUAUAUAAGGGUUUCCACCUUUAAUGGAACCCUCUGUUCUCAAUCAAACCGCUGACACCCAGAGUAAAGAAAGUGCAUUCACUUAUGCAUCAGCUUAGGACUUAACUUAAAGUCUGCUUCUGCUUCAAAUUGUUUUUGUGAGAUCUCCCUGGUCUGUGUGUCCACUGGUUUCCUACCCAUCUUCUCCUAGGACAAUUCAUUUGAAUGGUGCAUUCUUCUUUUGAUUUAGCAGCUCCUAACUGGUAACAUCAUGUCACUUAUUACCACCCCAUUUGCCCUUGGAGAGUGGUGAUCCAACAUCAUACACAGCCCAUGAUUGUGGGUAUUGCUCCCAAAUCCAGCUUUCAGAACUUGGGAUGUCUGCCUAAAAAGCAGAGGUUAAUCAAAAUUCUUGAGUUACCCAGUUUCUCUGGGCCUCAGCUUGAUUCUGACCCUGGGGUGAUACCUAAUGUAGGGGCUUACCUUGUGUAAACACUGCCCUUUGAUUGCUCUGUACUGCAGUUACUCUACAUAUGGGAUGUAGGUGUGACGAUUCCAACCAACUUGGUGGUGGUUUAGGUCACCUCUACUUCUAUGACUUGGCAUUUACAGAUGUGCAACUGACAAGAGAGAUUGGAGCCCCAUGGCCAGUUAAAGGUUCUGACCCUCUCUUUCCCACAGCUGGGUAGUCCUUGGUGACCCCUGUGUUAGAGUAUAUCUGUCACUCCCAGAACAUUGAACUUCAUCCUGGUCCUGCCCUGUCUUUGUCGUUUUCUGAAGUUAUUAACUCUGUGUUCACAAGAAAAGCAGAGAGAUUUGUAUUUCUGCUUUUGCAGUUGAAAGUAGGCACUCCCUCUCCUCUGUGUAUUGCACUACUUAAAGCCUGUCCCAGUCUGACAGUGGUGAGCAACAUGUUGAGUAAUUCCAGGAGUAUGAGAAGUGGUCAACAGCACUGUGACCUCUGGCAGGAACAGUGUCUGUGUCCAAAAGUUUGAGUGACACUCUAGUCCUGCAGGUGGAGUUCCUUCACCAUCUCUAAUCCUUCAGUGCUGUCAGUAGAAAUCGGAGAGAAAUAAAAUAACAAUUGUGUGUCUUCACCCACUCAACCACUGGUGGCAUUCUCCCCUCCCUCACCACACAGAAUGGGGAGCCCACAUUACUGCAGGCUGGAACAUUCCACAUCAUGAUGAUGGCAGAGCAAGUAAACGAUUGUUCUGGGAAGCAGAGUGGCAGGUUCCUGGCCUGUGGAAGUGUUCUCCAUCAAGUCGGGUGCCCUGCUGUCCUUGCAAAUACUGCACCUGAGCUCCAAGUCACAGAAGAGGACAUUCGAUGUCAUGGUAGGAUCAAUGGCUUCCAGGUUAAACAGACUUGAAGCUUCCCGCAGCCUUCAAGCCCAAGUUCUCUUAAGUUCAGCAUCCAUUUAAUAAAGGUCGGCUAUAGGUGUCUCCUGUUAAGUAAGUAGCAAUUCAUACUUUCUACUAAGAUGCAGGUGAAGCAGCAUUUUAAAAGAUUACUUGGGACCAUCUGUGCCUUGGGUAUGUUCCUCUACAGCUUCGCAUGGCUGGCAGCCUGAGAUUCCACAAUAACCUAGAGAAACAGUGCUCAUUGCUCUGAUACCUGCCUUCAUUACUAUCCAUAUGGCCUGCUUGGUCCUCUCACCCCCUUACCUUGAAUCCCUGAGAAACAUUUUUCUAAAUUGUUCGUUGUUCAUGUUGUUUGUUUUUAAUGAGAGCUAUAGCCACUCGGCAGCUGCCUGCUAUCAAGCUGGAUCCCAGACCUGCUUCCACUUUAAGAGCCUCAUUUUUCCCAGUGACAGCCCCGGCGGCUCCUCCCCCAGAAUCAAUGUAGUUUGAGGCCCUCAUCUGAAAAUGUGCUCCCCUUCCCCCAGACCUAUCUUCUGCCAGGCUUCGGUCUUGAUGAAAGUAGACCUCUGAAAUGCCUAUUCACUCAACCCUUUCUGGGGAGGCAAAAAAAAUAAAUAAAUGGCCUACUAUAUUU